AUGAAUGGACAACUGGACUUAAGUGGCAAGUUAAUUAUUAAAGCUCAGCUGGGAGAAGACAUACGAAGGAUUCCCAUUCACAAUGAGGAUAUCACCUAUGAUGAGCUGGUCUUAAUGAUGCAGAGAGUUUUCCGAGGAAAGCUCUUGACUAAUGAUGAAGUGACCAUCAAAUAUAAAGAUGAAGGUACAGAUAUGUUCUUUGUGGGUACAACUUUGGCACUUUUUUUAUUUUUAUGCACAUGAGUAGAUGAUGAAUGCUUGUUGUAAGAUCAAUAUUUUUAAAAAUUUUGAUAUGAGAAGAAUACAUAUAGAGUGACAGAGUUGGGAUGUUUGGGGUAUUAAAAAAAGAGAAUUCAGAGGCUCUGACUUCAUAAAUCUGCUUUAAUGUACUAAAACUGAUUCACUUUCACCGAUAAGCUGUAGCUGCAGACAGCUCUCUCUCAGACAAGAAUGUCAUUUUCUUAUCUCAUUGGCUCCUUUACAUGGCUUAUUCCUCAGCCACCUUUCCACUGAUCACAUGUGACAUGGCCAUAAGUCACUGCAGUUUUAGUAAACCUGCACCAAUUUCUGUAAUCAUAUUAAUAAUAAUCAACCAAUAUUAUUCCAGAGUCGAUGCGAUACAGAUUAUCGUCCGCAUUACGCACAAAUUGCAGAUAACCAGUGCUUAUAUUCUGUGUCACAGAAAACCUGGGCACAGCAGACUGCCACAAAAUGGCUGGGAUAGCUUACCCUCGAGAGAAAACGCACACAGACACUGCAACGAUCCCACACAAAAGGAGGGUCCACCACCGAGGAAGGCGGCAAACCAUCGGGACCCCUUGCUACUCCUACCCCAGGAGGGACUCAGCCCAUAAGGGUUACCGUGUCUGUGGACCAAAGAUGUUGGCCUCUCUACCGACCUGGGGCUGGGGGGUGAACAUACCUCGCUCCCAACGUGCCGCCACCUAUGACCACUGCCCUGCUCCAUGGAUCACAAACAGAGAGCGGAGUACUCCCUGCAGGGGCUGUUACGGGGCCCAGCCUGAUGGAUUCAGCUGCAACCUCCAAGCUGUGCCCAGUCAAGGAAUUGGGUGAAGUACUUAUGAGAGGGCGACUGUCUGAUACCAAGUUGCCGAACAUCUGAUACUCCAGCGGACGACAAGACACUAACUAUAUAACAUACUUACCAUAGCAUAAUAUAAGAGGUGCACCUCACCUGACUACUAAUUUGGCUAUAUGAUUCAACUCAUGUUUCCUAUCUAUGUUUAAGCCCUUGCUUUACUCACCUCAGCCUUGGCAGAGCAGUGCAGACACCAGUGGAUUGUUAAACUCUUCUACCCUAGCAAAUGUGUGUACAUCAAUAUAAAGUUCUUAUAACUAAUAUGUAGGCUACACAACACAUAACUGACUACUCGUGAUCUACCUAACUCUAAACGUCAACUCACUUAGUAUAUCUAGUAUACUACUCACCACGUCUAGCAUCUUUAGAUUUUUAUUUAGCGUUAAACUGCUGAGACCUACAAAUAGACGUGUAUACAUAGCUUGUUUAUAAUUACAUAUAAAAAUGUGCUGCUACAUACAUGCCAUGUAUGGGAAAAGCUGUGUUCUAAUAUUGCUUACAUAUGCUGCUGUGGCAUUGUCAAAUGUUGUUACCUCAUGCACAAAGAAAAAUAAAGAAUUGAAGGGGGGAAAAAAAGCAACAAUGUAAAAAACAAAUCUGGCAUUAACUGAGCAUGAUGACUGCAAUCACACUCCUCCUACUCUCAAGCAGCCAGGACUUGCUGUGAUCAGUGAGAGUCUGAUCGGAGUUUCUAUGUGUUUUUUUUUUUACAUUGACACCUCUUCUUUGGGGUAUGGUUGUAAUGCCUCCUAAACAAAACACAAAGUUCAGAUUAUAAUGUUAUUUGGGCAAUAUUUUACAGUUUACCCGUCUCUUUUGCAUUUUCACCACCCAAUUUUUUUUUUUGGUAUACAAUCUUUUCUAGCCAGAUGUUAAUGUCUUGCCACGUCAUCAUGCAGCCUGACUACUAAAUGAAACGAAAACAUAUUGUCACUAGGUGGUGCUAUUAUCUUGUGUUUCUAGCACAGUUGUACUUGAUUUAGCUAACAACUGUAACACUGAAACUGAUUUUCUGAGGAAUUGCAGGCUUUAAUGGACUGAUAUAUAAAUUCAGGAACAUGUAUAAUUCAGAAGAAAAUUGGGUACUUGAAGUGUACCUAUCGUACAUUAACUGCUCUGCACAGUGAAUCCCUCUGUAUACUGACUCACUGCUCUGCACAGAUAAUCCCUCUGUAUAUUAACACACUGCUCUGCACAGAUAAUCCCUCUGUAUACUGAUACACUGCUCUGCACAGAUAAUCCCUCUGUAUACUAACUCACUGCUCUGCACAGAGAAUCCCUCUGUAUACUAACUCACUGCUCUGCACAGAGAAUCCCUCUGUAUACUAACUCACUGCUCUGCACAGAUAAUCCCUCUGUAUAGUGAUUCACAGCUCUGCACAGAGAAUCCUUCUGUAUAUUAACACACUGCUCUGCAUAGAGAAUCCCUCUGUAUACUGACUCACUGCUCUGCACAGAGAAUCGCUCUGUAUAUUAACACACUGCUCUGCAUAGAGAAUCCCUCUGUAUACUGACUCACUGCUCUGCACAGAGAAUCCCUCUGUAUACUGACUCACUGCUCUGCACUGAGAAUCCCUCUAUAUACUGAUGCACUGCUCUGCACAGUGAAUAACUGUACACAGACGCAUACUACUCUGCACAGUGAAUAACUGUAUCCACUGUCAUGCACGUAAUUUCUCAUGCAUGGCCAGAGUAAGUUAAACUAGGAUGGGGGAAUGCUGAAGAAACUCCCCUAGUUGAGAGGUGUGACCAAGUUUAUAGUAUGUUUAUAAACAUUUAAUACAUACUUUUUGAAGUUUUUCUUGGUUUAUUUUGGUUUGUAUAUAUGUUCAAAAGGGCUUACUUGCCAGUUUAAAUAUUUUUUUUUCAAGUGAUGUAUAUCCCUUUAAGUGUAAAAAAAAAAAAAUCUAAUGCGCUAGGAUAAUUGUAGAAUAUUUAAAUGUAAGAAUGUUGUUCAUUCUCUGACCCAUUGAUAGAUUCUUAGCUUACAGGUUUAUAAUGAGCGCAACGACAAGGUUCAAGUAAAUGAUUCCUUUGCCAAAACCUUUGGGUAAUUUGUUACAAUAACUGUAAUAUCUAUUGUACAUGUAGGCUUCUAAAUUUAAGAUGAAAAUAUAUGUAAUGAUUUGUGCUUUCUAGAAUUGUUUAGCAGCUAGAGAUUGUUGCAUUGUUGAGUUUCAUCAAAACACUGACACUUUCUCCUUGAUUGUGCUGCAUUACACAUUUCUGCAAUCAAAAUCUAAUUGGCUUUGUGUGUGUUUUUGAUUUAGAUGGCGAUCUCAUAACUAUUUUUGACAGCUCUGAUCUAUCAUUUGCUAUACAGUGCAGUAGAAUACUCAAGCUAACUCUUUUUGGUAAGUAAUGUGAGAAGACUUCUGCUUUUUCUUUUGACGAGUGACAUUAUACAUAUUACAAAAUCCUUGAAUGUACAUGCAUAUUUUAACAAUGAUCCUUUCCUUUAUUUUUACCUGGCGGCGUGUCCAGCCUUUUCUGGUACUAUACAUUUUUAUCCUGUUAACCUUCUCGCAUUCCUAUGGUAAAGCCACUCCGUUAACUCCUAAAAUAAAACAGAACUGAACAUUCUCUUCUUCAUUCUUAUUAAUUCUAUCCUUUACUAAACUAUUUUGGUUGGUGAUGAUCUUCAAAUAAGAUUAUUUUAUAUUCAAAUUUACCAGAUCUGUAAUCUGAGAAAUAUAGCUGUAUCCAUACCUUCUUACAUCUUGUUGGCUGUUCUCCCUCUUUGCUGAUACCACAUUCCUGCUUUAGCCUAUCUGUUGUCUGUUUUGCCAUAAGUCCCUGCCCUGUAUGAUCAUAGGGAAUGCACAGUGAACCAUAGGAUGUAUAUUGAAUGCUGACUGUGGUAGAACUGCCUUGUAUUUAAUGGAAAUUCCAAUACAAAUAGUUGUGCUUCUGUUUUUAUAAAUUUUAGUUUGUUGUGAAAAUGUCUUUACCUUUUGAAGUUGCUGUUCCUUUAAGCGUCAAGAAAUAAGCAUGAAGUGUUCCCAGGCUAUUACUGUUAUCCUAACAGAAAUUCAUAGGUUAAUGGACACUGUAAAAUCAUUUUUGACACCUUAAAACACAUAAAAUGAAAAUCUGUGAGAGAAAACAUUGGUACAGCUUUUUUACUCUUGUUGUUAUACACACUAAUUAUUUUGCAUGUGCAAGAGUAAAAACAAGGGUUUCUACAAGAUCCCAAGAGAAUACAGGAUCCUCCGUAGACAGUCUGCUGCUAAGACAUCCCCGAAAGCAAUAAGGCUCAUUAUUUUCGUAGUUAUUCUCUUAAAGGUAGCAACACACUUUCCAUCUGUAUAUGUUUUUAAUUGAAACAGAUUGUAAUCAUUCUAUCACUGUUAUUCCUUGAGUGUUACAACUCUGCAUGAAAAUAGGUGUGGCGCUACCUUUAAAGACAUAACUGUGACAAUAGUGAGCCUUAUUGCUUUCAGGCUUCAUUCCGUGUGAGUGUCCCCAGAAACCUGUUUUUUAUUCACCUAGGAGUAUUUCCCAUCUGCGCCAUAUACAGUUGCAAGAAAAAGUAUGUGAACCCUUUGGAAUGAUAUGGAUUUCUGCACAAAUUGGUCAUAAAAUGUGAUCUGAUCAUCAUCUAAGUCACAACAAUAGACAAUCACAGUCUGCUUAAACUAAUAACACACAAAGAAUGAAAUGUUGCCAUGUUUUUAUUGAACACACCAUGUAAACAUUCACAGUGCAGGUGGAAGUAUGUGAACCCUUGCAUUUAAUAACUGGUUGAACCUCCUUUGGCAGCAAUAAUUUCAACCAAAUGUUUCCUGUAGUUGCAGAUCAGACGUGCACAACGGUCAGGAGUAAUUCUUGACCAUUCCUCUUUACAGAACUGUUUCAGUUCAGCAAUAUUCUUAGGAUGUCUGGUGUGAAUCGCUUUCUUGAGGUCAUGCCACAGCAUCUCAAUCGGGUUGAGGUCAGGACUCUGACUGGGCCACUUCAGAAGGCGUAUUUUCUUCUGUUUAAGCCAUUCUGUUGUUGAUUUACUUCUAUGCUUUGGGUCAUUGUCCUGUUGCAACACCCAUCUUCUGUUGAGCUUCAGCUGGUAGACAGAUGGCCUUACGUUCUCCUGCAAAAUGUCUUGAUAAACUUGGGAAUUAAUUUUUCCUUCGAUGAUAGAAAUGCGUCCAGGGCCUGACUCAGCAAAGCAUCCCCAAACCAUGAUGCCCCACCACCAUACUUCACAGUUGGGAUGAGGUUUUGCUGUUGGUGUGCUGUGCCUUUUUUUCGCCACACAUAGUGUUGUGUGUUUCUUCCAAACAACUCAAUUUUGGUUUCAUCUGUCCACACAAUAUUUUGUCAGUACUGCUGUGGAACAUCCAGGUGCUCUUGUGCAAACUGUAAACGUGCAGCAAUGUUUUGUUUGGACAGCAGUGGCUUCCUCUGUGGUCUCCUCCCAUGAAAUCCAUUCUUGUUUAGUGUUUUACGUAUUGUAGAUUCGCUAACAGGGAUGUUAGCAUUUGCCAGUGACUUUUGUAAGUCUUUAGCUGACACUCUAGGAUUCUUCAUCAUCUCAUUGAGCAGUCUGCGCUGUGCUCUUGCAGUCAUCUUUACAGGGUGGCCACUCCUAGGGAGAGUAGCAGCAGUGCUGAACUUUCUCCAUGUAUAGACAAUUUGUCUUACCGUGGACUGAUGAACAGCAAGGCUUUUGGAAAUACUUCUAUAACCCUUUCCAGCUUUAUGCAAGUCAACAAUUCUUAAUCGUAGAUCUUCUGAGAGCUCUUUUUUGUGCGAGGCAUCAUUCACAUCAGGCAAUGCUUCCUGUGAAAAGCAAACCAAGAACUGGUGUGUUUUUUUAUAGGGCAGGGUAGCUGUAACCAACACCUCCAAUCUCAUCUCAUUGAUUGUACUCCAGUUGGCUGACAUCUCACUCCAAUUAGCUCUUGGAGAUGUCAUUAGUCUAGGGGUUCACAUACUUUUUCCACCUGCACUGUGAAUGUUUACAUGGUGUGUUCAAUAAAAACAUGGCAACAUUUCAUUCUUUGUGUGUUAUUAGUUUAAGCAGACUGUGAUUGUCUAUUGUUGUGACUCAGAUGAUGAUCAGAUCACAUUUUAUGACCAAUUUGUGCAGAAAUCCAUUUUCAUUCCAAAGGGUUCACAUAUUUUUUCUUGCAACUGUAUUGUUUUUGUUUGUUUUUUCUCAUAUGCUGACUACUCAUUAACUACUUUUACAAGGGGUUAAGAUAACCCUGUUUCUAUAGUGCUCCCACAAUUUUAUAGGUUUUUCACUUUUUUUUUUUUAAUGGUGUGGUUCAUGGUAAGGAGAGUAAGGCAGAGAAAAGGCAGUGUUUACAUUGCCUCUAGGGACACCUCCAAGUGGCCACUCCUCAGAUGGCCACUGGAGGGGCUUCCUGGCUCAGGCCUGCACAGUAAGCAGCCUUGACGUUCAGCGUCCCCACGCUCUGCAUGGAGACGCUGAAUUUUGCUCAUAGAUGCAUUGAUUCCUGACUGGCCAAAACGGCAUUUGGCCACACCCCAAAAAUUGACUAAACACCUGCCAUUUCAAUGAUGUCACAAAGGGGCCAGAGCCAGCGCUGGAAAUAAGAUGAGUUUUAAGCUUUUUUUUAGGGGUCAAGUCACCUAAAUGAUGGGCUGAAUACUAUAUAUAGUGAUGUCCAGAACGGUUCGCCACGGACUCAUCAUUGAGUAAACUUUGACCCUGUACCUCACAGUCAGCAGACACAUUCCAGCCAAUCAGCAGCAGACCCUCCCUCCCAGACCUUCCCACCUCCUGGACAGCAUCCAUUUUGAAGCUGCAUUCUUAGUGAGCUGUCCAGGAGGAGGGAGGGUCUGCUGCUGAUUGGCUGCAAUGUGUCUGCUGACUGUGAGGUACAGGGUCAAAGUUUACUCAAUGAUGAGUCCGCGGCGAACCGUUCAUGGCGAACCGUUCGGGACAUCACUAUAUAUGUUUGUGAUCCUUUAACAUAACACGUGUGCUCAGAGCUGAACUGUUCAGAUCUAUAUAUAUUUAAAGCGCUUUUACACACUAAUAUUUUCGUGUAUUUUAUAAGUUUGAUUGCAGUUAUGCAUGCUAACAUUUAUCUGUCUGAAAACAUGGUUUUAUGUUAGCUGUUCUGCAUUUUUUUCUGAUUGCCUCAGUACUUGUCUGCUCCAUAUCACAGUUGUUUGGUUUUGGCAAAUAGUUGUUUAAUUAAAUCUGCCAGAUGCCUUUUACGAAAACAGCAUAAUUAUUAACAUUUCAUUAUCCGUAUUUCUACCUGAUGUCAAGCACUUUUAAGACUGGAAAAAUGGUUUGCCAAUACUACAGCUUCUUGUUGGAAAUCAGGUUUUGAUAAAUAUUUGUCGAAUUAAAGGGACACUAAGAAUUUUAACAACUGUAUCUUGUUGAAGUUGUUAUAAUGCCUGUAGUUCUGUCUUCCACUCCUACCCCUAAAAACCUUUAGUUCGCUAAUUAGUGUGCUUUGUAGCACUGCUUCAAACCAAGCCUCCAAGCCCUCUGGGUAUGAGAGCAGUUUAUUUUUUCUUCCUGGUUCUCAUACCCUAACAUACUGUGACAUCGUGCAGUGCCAUCACUGUCAGCUGUAGAGAAUCAUUGUAUUCAACGAUUUUCUAUGGCAGGAUUUAGGCUGCAAGCAGUACGCAUGCGUUUAAGGGCCCCAGUACUCUUGUUUGAGGAGCACUGGAUUGGCUUGGUAAUCUUAGAGGCACGUCUUCAGGAUGGCGUAACCCAAUGAGAAUGUUGUGGCAGUGCCGAGUGAGACUUGCUGCUUGAGAAAAGGUGAGCAGUUUUUUUUUUUUUUUUUAAUGCAGGGAGGGCGACCUAAUUGAUUAGGGGCAUCAGGACUGUAGCAUUGGGAAUACAGAUUUGUGUGUGUGUGUGUGUGUGUAUAUAUAUAUAUAUUUAUGUGUGUGUGUGUGUGUAUAUAUAUGUAUGUAUGUAUUUUUUUUUUUUAUCACUACAGUGUUCCUUUAGGUGUUGCAUCUGUUGUUGAAAGUAAUGCAUUUUUACAGAGCCAGUGGUAACAUUAAUAUGCUGUGAUACCUUGGGUGGUGAUGAUCUGUCAUCAUAGUUCAGUUCUGAAUAGUUUUUACUUUUUUCUGACUAGGUAUUUCCUUCAUUCCCCUAUCUAUCAAGAGUUGUUGGGCAUCCCCAGGGAAACUUAUCAUAGUUCAUGAAUUCCUUUUGUAUAAUCAAACUCCUCCCUCUUCUGAUGAUGCUUUGAAUGAUAUUUAGGGCAGGAUUGUUCACUGUUUAUGCACUGUAAGAGUCCAUAGUAGAUGGUAUUUGUAAAUAAUUAGCUUAAUGUUUUUAAUAAAUACAUUUUGCUUACCUAGAACGUCUGUAGUCUUAAAAAAUUAGAAAACGGUUAUAUUGCUGCUAACUCCUUCUCAGUUUACUUUCAAUCCUCAAUGCACAUUUCAAAACCUUUUUUUUAUUUAGCAAAUCCUGCGUGAUCAUAUUUCCCAAUGUAAAUUCAGUCAUGAUCAUUUCAGUAGUGAUACUAAUGACUGCUUUUAAAUCCUUAUCUCCUGUGCACAGUUAACGGACAACCAAGGCCUCUAGAAUCCAGCCAAGUAAAGUACCUCCGCCGAGAGCUGAUAGAACUUCGUAAUAAGGUUAAUCGGUUACUGGAUUGCUUAGAGCCACCUGCUGAGCCUGGGAUCCCCACCAGCCUACCCGAGAGUGGUAGGUUCACUUCUACCCAGUGUUUAUUCUAUUGUGAGGUUAAAUGUUUUCUGGGCCUGCAAACCAUGGAAACUGUUUUGUCAUUAAUGUGAUGCCUAAUAUAAAAUGUUUGCUUGUUGUCUAAAACAGAUGCGGUAGAUAGAGAAGAGAAACCUGCAGCUCAUGACUCCUCCAUUAAGCCAUCUACCCAAGUCAUGGCUGCUAGUAUGUCUGCUUUUGAUCCGCUGAAGAACCCAGAUGAAAUCAAUAAAAAUGUCAUGUCGGCUUUUGGACUUUCUGAGGACCAAGUUACCGGUAAGUGUGGAAAUGCAGAGAAUGACAUCACUAUAAGGCAGUUCACUGUACUUUUUCUCUGCUUAAGCUGUUCCCAUAUCAAGAUCUUUCUCAAAUAGCACCCACAUACUAAUUUUUAAGAAAUAUAGUUGCUAUGCAUUUUCUAUUCAUUAUCUCUAUGAAUCACUUUCAAAAUAUUUUUGCCUCCUCCCCAAAUCAGCAUAGAAACAGAAAUGGAAGGAGAGAAUCUUAGGGCAGUGAAAGCAUGUGGGUGUGUGUAAAUUGUGUAAUUUAAUUACAGAAGAUUUAGUUUGUGCUAUUUGCAUUUUGUGGCAUUUCUAGCGUAUCAUUGGUCUUAUUGUUUAAUAAGCAUUUUUUAUUUUUACUGACAUGCUAGUCAGAUUAUGGGUGUUUUCAUCCUAUCUAUCUCUCUCUCUAUGUAUAAAUGUAUGAUGUUUACUUCUGAUGUCUUCUUAGGGCCUCCCAGUGCUCCUGUUGAGGAACGUUCCAGUACACCUGAUAGCAUUGCCUCUUCAUCUUCUGCCCAUCCUCCUGGGGUCCAGCCUCAGCAACAACCUUAUCCAGGUGCCCAGCAGCAAGCAGGUCAGAUUGAAGGUCAGGAGCAUAACUUAUAUUCAUUCCAGAACAAUAUUGCAUGUUCAGAGGCUUGGGCUUUGCUAGCCAUUUUUGCUGGUACCUGUGUUCAUUGCAAAGAUUUUAUCUGCCAGGAGCCCACAUUAAUGGUACAAAGUAGAGGUCUAUGGAAGAGCCUGCUAGGAAGUCCCAAAUCGUGAAGAUGGAUGCUGAGUCUAUUUGUGAACAUUCGUUUAAACACAGCUUAGUUCAGUUUAUUCCCUCCCAUCCCUUAUUAAUUGUGUGCAUUGAUCAGUCUGCAAGUGUUUUUUCACAUACAAAAUACUAUAGACAGAUGUCUAUAAUAAGUUAUUUAUUUAAGCCUGAUCUUGAAGGAAUAGUCUCCCUGUCAGAGAGUGAAAGGAUGCCUAUAGCAUAAUAUUUAACAUAACCUGUUGCUAUCACAGUCACCUGCUGCUCUUUAGAACACUGUAAAUCAGACAUUAAAGGGAUCCUAUAGUCCCCAAACAACUUUAGCUUAAUGGAGCUGUUUUUGUGUAUGUCAUAAGUCCCAAGUCUCACUGCUCAAUUCUCUGCAAUCUAGGAGUUAAAUUACUUUUGUCUUUGUUUAUGCAGCCCUAACCACACCUCCCCUGUCUGUGACUCACCCAGCCUGCAGAAAAUUUUUUCUUUUUCAAUCAGAUGUUAAUCUGCUUUAGAAGUUUUUAUCUCCUGCUCUGUAUAUUGAACUUUAAUCACACACAGGAGGCUUCUUCAGGGUCUAUGGAGCUAUUAACAGAGCAGGGGAUAAGAAAUUCUAGAUUGAACAGUGUAAACAUUAGAUCUCACUUUACGGGAAGGCUGUGCAACUCCUAUGAUAUGCAUGGAGAUUCGACUAGCGCUGAAUAAACAUGGCAGGAAAUGGAGUAUUGAGGCUGCAGACACAUGAUCUAUAUACCAAAACAGCUUUAUUGAGCUAAAGUUAUCUUAGUGGCCAGUGUUCCUUUAACUCGUAAUAAAAAGAAUGUAUGUGCGUGAUAACAGCAGAGCUCAUUCGCAUCUCUAUAACAUUUAUCCAUAUGAUCAUACAUGCAGUGCAUUACCACAUCAAUAAGUAGCUUCUUAUACACUAUUGUAGGAUUUCAGCUGUACAUUGCUAUGCCUUAUUAUAAAAGAGUAAACUUAUAUGUUUGUGCCUUUAGCUAUCCUACUACUAAUAUCAAAGUGGCGGAAGUGUGCUUAUUGUGACCCAUAGAGGGAAAAAGAGGUUGCAAUCUUUUAAACUCUCAAUGGCUAUUUCAGAAGUGGAAAAUAGUGCUCUCUCUUCCUAAGUGUAUUUGGCUUCAUCACCUGUUCAGCGCUUGCUUGGCAUCUGUGGCUCUCGUUACUUGCGUUCAAACCACAUUUACAUGUCCUUAUUAUAAGGUUUACCUGCUGUGCUAUAUUUUCUGAACAUUUUUGACUUGCCUUUUUGAUUCUUCACUUCAUUUAUUUAAUGCUCUGUCCAUUUUAUUGUAAUUAGAAAUGUUGCAUGCUUUUCCUAUAGGGCUUCAUGUACAAUCACAGUUGACUAUAAAAUUAGAACACUGUCCUCCUAUACUGUCUGUGGCAGACAUUUUGGUUUGUUUUAUUUAGAUGAAAUAUUUGUCUUGUUUUUAUGAACUCUGGAUUGGGCUUCAGUGAUGACAUGUUAAGAGUAAGAGUUGAAGGGUUACUCCAACCAUGAUUACCAGUUCAAUGAUAUGAAGUGGUCAUGGUGGUAACAGUCUGGUUGUGCAAUGUUUCUGCUUGAAACGCUUCCAGAUACAAAGAUAUUUGCACUAGUGUGCUGGGGGCUAAUUACAUCCCCAGCACAUGUAAAUCUGGCAGCUGGAACAGCUGUUAUGGACUGUGGAAAAAUUUCAAUUCUGUGCAUAUUUUACAUCUUCAGUGCGCACGGCACGCUGGCAACAGACGUGAUGAGUUUUUCCAUUUUUGAAACUAGCUCUCUCCAAUAGGACAUUUUUAAGCCCAAAAAAGGGUUGGAGUAACCCCUUAAGAACUAUGAUGGGGUGAGGGAUCAGUGUAUUAAUUUCUUAAUUAUUUAUAUUGUUUAAGUAUCCUUUUUGUUAGAUUUUCUCUGAUUUUCAGAGCCUACUUCUGUUGUUACUCCAAGCACCAUGACCACUUCAUUUAUUUGAAGGGGUCAUGAUGCGCUGUCUGAGUUUAACCACUGUUGCUGUGUAAGGUGCAACUGUACCUCCGGCCAUGUCUUCCCCUCAGUCCGCCCUUCCUGACAUAGUGAUAUAAGCCAUGGCGGAUUGGAUUGCAGAAGAACUUUGCCUCGUUUCUGGAUCAGUAAAUUAGUAAAUUAUGUUUUAUUAAUUUAUUCCCAUUUUGGGAUGUAUAGGAUGGGAACCGCAAGGUUUACUAACCAAAAAAUACAAAUUGAUGCAUUCUAAAUUUCCUAAAUGGAAUCCUGGCAUCCAUUAGCCAAAUAAAAGUGAUUAGCUGCAUAACCUGUCUCCUGACGUCUACUUUGACCAUCACAUUUGGCAGCAGUCCUCAUAAACGCAUUAGUGCGUCAUAUGUUUGGCUUGUUGGAGCAGGUUACCUUUGUACAGUAUGAAAACAUUUAGAUUUAUGGUACAAAGCCUCUGAUGUGUAACUUGAAAGCAUUUUUUGUUUCUAGGCCAAAUGUAUCAGCAGUACCCACAGCAGCCAGCUGGGUAUCCAGCGCCUCAAGGUCAAGGCCAGGGUCAGCCCCAACAACAAUAUGGAAUGCAGUAUCCUGGUAAGAAACAAGUGUCUAUUCAUUUUCUUUGAAAUGUGUUCAUUGUAACUGUGUAGGAAACUGACACCUUAAGACAACGUUUGAUGCAACUGCAUUAUCCACUAGCUGUCUCUCUUGACAUUAUACAUAAUCCAUAGCCUUAUUAAUGGGGGCUGAAGUAUUUUUCAAAAAAGUGGUCUGCCAGUUCCUCUGCCUUUGCUGUCCAGCAUUAAAGUGAAAAUGUACAUUAUUAAAAAUAUUAAAAUCAACAUUGCUGUAUCAGUAAUCUGUGUUUUCUUUUGUGCUUUAGGCUAUAAUCAGCAGACUGGACCUCAGCAAGCUCAGCAAUUUCCAGCUUACAAUCAGCAAGCUGCACAGGGUCCUUCCCCUCAAUUUCCAGCUCAGCAACCACAGUUGCCCUCACAGCCAGCUCAGCAAUACCAAGCGGGUUCCUACCCACCACAGACUUACACUACACAAGCCUCUCAGCCCGCUAAUUACAAUGUCCCUCCAGUUUCUCAGCCUGGCAUGGCUCCAAGCCAACCAGGGGCAUAUAGACCAGGAUUUACCCCACCUCCUGGCAGCACUGUAACUCCACCUCCAAGUGGGCCUAACCCAUAUGCACGUAAUCGAGCCCCAUUUGGUCAGGGUUAUGCUCAACCAGGACCUGGAUACCGAUAA